AUGGGCAACCUGUGCACUUGUUUCUCACCCAAAACUCCUGUACAAUCCAAGGAACCCACCAAACGUUUACAGGGUAAUCCGCAAACAGCAUCCAAUUCAAGCAACAGGUGGACCCGGAUCCGAUCAACCCGAAAGGACACCCAUGAUGCAUUGAUUCAUGAACAGGCAUUAGCUGCAGCAAUUCUGUUUAGGCAGCACCAGCAACAAAACGGUUCCUGUUCCGGGUCAUUUCCUUUUGAUCGCUCCCCUCAUCAGCUUGUUAACCAGGAUAUUAAGCUUGAUGAUCUUGAGACCAACCACUUUGUCCUUGUCCAUGGAGGUGGCUUUGGUGCUUGGUGUUGGUACAAAACUAUAGCACUUCUAGAAGAGGAUGGUUUCAAAGUUACUGCCAUAGACUUAACUGGCUCUGGGAUUCAUUCUUUUGAUACAAAUAGCAUUACCAGUCUUUCUCAAUAUGUGAAACCACUUACUGAUUUUCUUGACAAACUUGCUGAUGGGGAGAAGACAAUAUUGGUGGGGCAUGACUUUGGUGGUGCUUGUAUAUCAUAUGCCAUGGAGAUGUGUCCUCAUAAAGUUUCAAAGGCCAUUUUUGUUGCUGCAGCAAUGUUGACUAAUGGACAAAGUACUCUUGAUAUGUUCUCCCAGAAGGCAGGUUCAAGUGAUUUAAUGCAACAGGCACAAAUAUUUUUGUAUGCAAAUGGGAAUAAUCAUCCACCAACUGCUAUUAAUCUGGACAAGUCAUUAUUGAGAGAUUUGUUGUUCAAUCAAAGUCCUGGCAAGGAUGUUGCUUUGGCAUCUGUUUCAAUGAGGCCAAUUCCCUUUGCACCGGUUUUGGAGAAGCUUAGUCUUUCUGACUUGAAGUAUGGAAUUGUGAGGAGGUUUUAUAUAGAAACUCCUGAAGAUAAUGCCGUACCUAUCACAUUACAAGAAAGCAUGAUAAACUCAAGCCCCCCAGAAAAAGUAUUUCGUUUAAAAGGUGCUGAUCACUCACCUUUUUUCUCAAAGCCUCAAGCCUUACACAAGUUAUUGGUAGAGAUAUCGAGGAUCCCUUCAACUUGA